UCCUUGUUGUGGAACUGUACGUAUUGUCCUUAAAACAUGGCCGAUCAUCUGUGCAAGUUUUGAAACAGGUUAUCGUCGAUGGUGGCAGAAAUGCUAGGUGUAAACAUGUUUAAACUUUUUCUCCUAAUUGCUGUUAUGAUGUGGUCGUCUCCGGGGAAUUUCUCAGAAGCAGAGAAAGUCGAACAAGAUGUGCAUGUAGAUGAAAAUGCUACAAUGAACACUGAAGUAAGAAGAUUACCUUUGCUCGGUUCAUCGAACACGACUGAAAUGGCUUAUGGCUUUGUUGCAAACAGUAUUGCUGUGAUCUUGUAUGGCAGCAACUUUGUCCCUGUCAAAAAGAUAGAAACUGGUGAUGGGAUGUUUUUCCAGUGGGUGAACUGUGCAUCCAUAUUGGUAGUUUCGAUGAUUGGUGACUUGAUACUCCACUCUCCCAAAUUCCAUCCGUUGGCAAUGCUAGGAGGUGCAGCCUGGGCCACAGGCAGUUUAACAGUUGUCCCCGUAGUAAAAGCCAUUGGCCUUGGACUUGGAGUUUGUAUUUGGGGAUCCAGCAGUUUGCUGAUGGGCUGGAUAAGUUCAAGGUUUGGAUGGUUUGGUAUUGAAGCACAGGAAGUUGCCAGACCAGUAUUGAACUACUGUGGUGCUGGUUUGUGCUUGUUGAGUGGACUCAUCCUUUUCUUUGUGAGGACUAAUGUUGGAGAACUUCCACAUUCAGAAUGCACCCCCUUACUGAUUAACAGGAUUGUGAAUUCUGGUGUCUAUGGGCCUUCGGAGUCCUGGGUGGAUGUCAUGGGAGCAAAGAGAAAACGCUGUGUAGGCUGCUUGUUGGCUGUUGUUGCAGGCCUGUUGUAUGGGGCUUCCUUUGUUCCAAUCCUCUACAUAAAAAGCCAUGUGGCAGACCACGACAGCAUCUGCUAUGGAGCCAGUCUAUACGAUCUUGACUAUGUGUUUGCCAUGUGCUGUGGAAUCUACCUCACCAGCACGGUGUAUUUCUCCAUCUACUGUGUAGCCAUGAGGAACAGACCCAGGGUGUUCUCCAGAGCCAUCCUGCCAGGCUUUUUGUCAGGUCUGAUGUGGACAUUGGCCACUUAUUGCUGGUUUCUGGCUAACAACUACCUUAGUGCCGUUGUCACUUUUCCCAUCGUCUGUGCAGGUAACUGUCUAGUUGCAGCUCUGUGGGGAUGUCUGGUUUUCAAAGAAGUCAAAGGCUUGGUAAACUGUUCAAUCUUCAUAGUAGCCUCCUGUGUUGUCCUGACUGGAUCAAUGUUGACGUCCUUCUCCAAUGUGUAACAGAGAAUCAAUAUACCCCCUAGAUGGCAGCAUUUAUACAGGAGUGGCCAUCCUAAAGGAGUCCUGAGGUGAUGUGUUCUGAAUGUUGCCAAUGGGAAGCUAAUGGACAGAGCUGAUUCACUAUCCCCUAUUCUGUCUGAGACAAUCAUAUCUGUUCUGGACAAUACAUUCCUAUCUGAAUGUUCUCUGUUACACCCUCCUGAACAGGGCACUUGAUGGUGAAGUGUGUUUGUCUCUGAUAGUCCUUCAGUUUAGUCUGUACAUCUAAUGGAGCACUUUAUCACCUGGUUAAUGAGGGUUCCGCUGUUGCUGGGACUUCUGUCACGUAUUCAAUAGUUUGAUGAAUUCAAGGGCAUUUUGAAUGUUAAGAGGGAUGAUGCAUAAUUAAUUUAAAAUGUUCAUACUCUACUGAAAAUAUUUAUGGUGUUGUCUGUGGCAUUUUACUAUGAAUUUGAGUUAAAGUCAUAAUCUUUGUAAGAUCUUAAUGUUAAUCUUUAUAUGGGACAUGUUUGAAUAAAAUGGCUAACAAUCACAAGUUUGAGCAGUGAACUUUGAAGGGAACCUAGUGGGGGAAACAGGAACCCUAAAUAGUGUGCUAAUCUACAGCAUAAAUUGAGGCAAACUGCUGCCUUUCAGUCUUCAUGGUUUUAUCUGAAAAUCAAAUGGAGGAUGUUUACCUCUUCCCAGAUUACCUAUACAGAAC